AUGUCGGAGCCGGCGGAGAGCUCGACGUCGACGUCGACGGCGGUGGAAGAAGACAAGUUCCCUUGGCAGCAACUCGCUGUCCUUGCGUUAUGUCGACUAGCUGAGCCCAUAGCGUUCACGUCCAUUACGGCCUACAACUAUCUGUACGUCCAGGAUGUGCGACACACCGAAGAGAAUGCCGCCUUUUAUGCCGGGUUGCUGGUAUCCGGAUUCGCCCUUGCCGAGGCCAGUACUGCAAUGCUGUGGGGCACCAUUUCCGACAAAUAUGGUCGAAAACCCAUCGUUCUCUCAGGAUUAGCAGGUGUCGCCUUGUCGAGUUUGAUCUUCGGCGUGGCUACCAACUACUGGGUGGCGCUGGCCGCUAGAGUGGUCGGAGGUUUGCUCAACGGUAAUGUCGCCGUCAUGCAAACCAUGGUGGCCGAGAUGGUGAAGAAUCCCAAGCAUGAGCCCCGGGCCUACAGCAUGAUCCCUUUCAUGUGGUUCUUUGGCUCCAUCAUCGGCUCUUCGAUGGGCGGGCUUCUGGCUCGACCAGCCGACACCUGGGGAGCGUUCAAGGACACAAUCUUCGACGAAUACCCAUAUCUGCUGCCGAACUUGGUCGCUGCUGCCUAUAUUGUGAUUGCGAUUGUAGUCGGUAUAAUAUGGCUCAAAGAGACCAAUAUCUACGCCAUGGCGUCGACCAAGACUUCGCAUGGCUCGGCCGACGAACGAACACCACUUAUCCGAGAGCCAGAAUCUGCACCACCAACAGAGGGAGAAGAGCAGAAGACGGUAGCUCGAAGACGAUCAAUGGCCAGCAUUCAACCCGUAACGACAGGCACGACCGUCGACCUGCGACGGUUGUCAAACUUGACGACCGCAUCCUCGGUCAAACCGAGACUUUCCGCUCACGAUAUACGCGGUAGCGCACUCGAGGACUCGUUCCUGGACGAUGCGCCACCCGCGCAAGGCUAUAACCGAUGGAUGAUUCUCUUCAUCCUUCAGCUCAUCCUCAUGUCGUACCACUCCAUGGCAUUUGGUUCGCUGAUGCCCAUCUUCCUCCUGGAUGAGCCGUCGCCCGGAAUCUCCGAUACGGCAUUAGAUCUGCACGGCGGGCUCGGCUACACGCUGCGCGAUGUCGGUGCUUUCAUGUCAAUCAACGGCAUCGUGGCGAUUUUCGUCCAAGGCGUCCUGUUUGCGCCCGUCGUCGAAUGGCUGGGCGUGUGGAAAACAUUCGUCCUGCUGACCGUUCUGGCACCGUUGGCAUACGUUUUCCCGCCAUUCUUGACCAUGAUACCACACGCGCAGGCCCCGAUCGGCAUUUAUGCCAACCUAAUCCUCCAGAACUUUCUGCUGAUCAUCAUCUAUCCAUGUUUGCUUAUCCUCCUGAAGGAUGCAACCCCAACGAUGGCCAUGUUGGGCCAAGUUAACGGGCUUGCAAUGGCCGCUUGCUCGGGAGCGAGAACCAUCGCACCUCCGCUGGUCGGCUUCAUCUAUGGGUCUGUCGGAUCAGCGGCAGGUUGGUGGAGUAUUGGUGCCGCCGCGAUCAUUGCGGGAGCAUUGAUCCCAUUCAUGAAGCGGCCUCCUCGACCUGAUGAGGAGGAUGAGACUUGA